AUCCUAUUAAUGACUAUAGAUCAUGAGUUUUGUGUGUAUCAGAUUAAAAGCAAACUUAUUAAAACUGUCCCUUUGGAACCCAGUUCACAAAACCUUAUCUAAAACUGUGUUGUCAUUGACAGCUGUCAAAAAUUACUCGGCACCGGCCGCCAUUGAAUCGACAAUUAUAAGUCGAACAACUCGCACGUCAACCUACUUAAAAAAUUCUUCGUGGACUGCACCAUUGCUAAAAUAUUCAUCGUCCUCUAUUGGUGGUAACAUGGAGGAACACUGUGUUGUGCCUGACGUGAUUCCAAAAGCGCCAAAGAACAGCGCGUGUGUCGAAUAUUCGUGCCAAAUUUCUGUAAAGCCUGGUGUUGUUUUGACCCCCACGCAGGUGAAGGAUCAGCCAGUUGUAAAAUGGGGAGCAGACCCCGAAACCCUUUACACACUGUGCAUGACUGAUCCAGACGCACCCAGCCGUCAGGACCCUAAAUUUCGGGAAUGGCAUCAUUGGCUUGUUGUUAAUAUUCCCGGUGGAGACAUCGCCAAAGGUGAGGUGUUGUCCGCUUACAUUGGCUCAGGCCCACCGCCAGGCACUGGACUGCAUCGUUACGUCUUCUUGGUGUAUGAGCAGAAGGACAAAAUCAAGUUCGACGAGAAACGUUUGCCCAACAACAGCGGGGAUGGUCGCGGCGGCUUUAAGAUUGCCGAAUUCGCCAAGAAGUAUAAUCUAGGCGACCCAGUAGCUGGCAACUUCUACCAGGCCGAGUAUGACGACUACGUGCCGAUAUUAUACAAACAAUUGGGUGCCUAAAACCUCAUUUGUUUUUCAAUAAUAUUGGACUUCACAUUGGCUGAUUAUAUAACUGCUCAGCAAGCUCCAUUUUGGGAAACAUAUCUUUUAAUAUCAAAAGUCGGAAGACAAAUUUGCAUAUUCACGUUAACUAGUAUAGCCUAUAACAUACCCUAUGCUUUUAUGAAAUAAAAUAUGAGCAAAAUACAGCUCAA